UUACCCGAGCGUGAAGCACCUCAACUACUAUCACCGCAACAAGAUGGAACUUUCCUGUAGCGGCUGUAAGAAACUCGAUAGUACGGGAUGGCCCGGCUACAAGAUGGUACCAUUCAUGGAAAUCCUAGCUUCGGCCCAGGCAGCCUGCCCCCGGUGCCUCGUCAUUCACGAAGCAGUCACCAAGUUCAUGACUUUCGAGAAGCCAGAAAAGCGUGCCCUCGGGGUUGGGCUCAGGCCGUACGGAAGCCCUUCACCGCUCUUAUAUGUGAGAGUGAAGUUUGCUAGGAAGGAGGGGCUUCUGGAUACAGAAUACGUCGAUUUCAUGAAAUUCGAGCUAUAUACCGAUAAUCAGGACACUUCGAAAUGGUGGCCACAGCUUCCUAUUGCAACACACGUAUCAGUCGCGCCAUCACCAGUGGACUUCGCCAGGCAAGCCAAAGGCUGGCUUGAUCACUGCAUAUCUACGCAUUCCACACGCUGUCCUGCAACAUUACAGAGACUGCCAAAAAGAAUCAUUGCGGUGGGCGAUACCUCGGACGAUCCGUGCAUCUACGAAGCAGACCCUGAUGAAACGGGUGUUUACGCGUGCUUGAGCUACUGCUGGGGCAAAACCAGAACAUUCACUACGACACUCGCCACUUUGGAAGAUCGCAAAAAGGGAUUUAGUAUCGAGGAGCUUCCGAGCACCAUCAGGGAUGCUGUCUUGAUAGCACGCGGCAUGGGGCUCAGGUUUCUCUGGGUGGACAGCCUGUGCAUAAUCCAGGAUUCUCUGAUGGAUUGGGAAUGCGAAUCUGCGAAAAUGUGCUCGAUCUACUCGAAUUCUACAGUCACUUUCGCAGCAGUAGAUUCCCCUGGCAGUGACAGCGGUCUCUGUACGGCCGGGCCCGGUAGACGACUCUUUAAGCUGGGUAACCGCGAGCGCUCCAUCUACGCACGGAAACGUUAUCACGCAUUGCCAGGUGCAUUGAGUGACGGCGAGUGGCCGGAUUCCCAUACCUUACGGAAAAACGCGCUGCAUGACCGAGGAUGGACACUGCAGGAAGUGAUCUUAUCGCCGCGGGUGCUGUGGUUCAAAAGCACGGAACUGUGUUGGAGCUGUUCGUGUGAAACAGCUUGCGAAUGCCAUCCUGAUCCUGUACCCGAUCUCAUGGACAGCUACCCUGGAGAGGUGAACGCUCUGUCAACAUUACUCUGUAAGCUUUCAUUUCUGGAUGUGGUGCCUCUCAGCCAGUCCGGAUGGGUUGAUGCAUGGUCCGAGCUAGUGUGGGUUUUCAUGAGACGGCAAUUGACAAAGCUCUCGGAUCGGCUAUCUGCUAUCUCGGGACUCGCAGAGCAAUUCUUGCAGCGUUUGGGCGUAAGGUACUUAUGCGGAAUGUGGGAGACGAGGAGCUUGCAUAAGCAACUGCUAUGGUUGAUGGACGUCUCGGGUCUUGAGUCGCCUAAGGAGACCCCUGAAGGACUUGCCCCGGAUUACGCACCCAGUUGGUCUUGGGCGAGUGUUUCGGGGCCUGUCUUCAUCCCGAGAAUUGCGGAGGAUAACAAUCGCGAUCAAGACAACGGAGACUCGCAAGAAACACUGAACAACACAAGGACUGAAGAGAACGCCUCGGAGCCGGUGUCCAAGUACAAUUGGCAUCAUACAGUAGAGCACGGCCGACUCUGGAAUAUCGAAGCGCUCGACUUUUCCCUCAGCACGUCGAACCCUUUCGGCCCUGGUAGGGGAACUAUUACACUGGAGAGCCUGCUCGUCCCCCUUGAAUAUUGUCGUGAUCCGAGCGCCGUCAUAUACCGCCGAGAUAAGGUCAAUUCGUCGUCUAUUCCAGACGUCCCUCUCUUUCUCUUAGAAGUUGGUCCUUCCAGCGCUCACUUCAAGCGCGACUGGCGCCACGAUUGGGAAGCUGGCACCGGCUCUUACGCAAGGAGAGAUUUGUGGUUCAUAUUCGCGACCGUAGACCCUCAGCGUCAUGAGGAAUUCGAAGGCCUGGUUGUGGAGAGACUAGACGAGGGUGAUAGGUUCAGGAGGCUUGGGCUUGGACACAAUUCGUUUCUACAGGAAGGUGAGGGGCAGAAUGGUAUUUUGCCUCACUAUAGGCUCACGGGGCUUUUUUAUGGGACUUGGGAGCUCUGGGAACGACUGGGGAAGAGAGAGACGAUUAAGCUAGUUUGAGGCGCCGGAGUCGAAGGAAUACCAUGUCUCCUUACCACCAUGGCAAGACGAAGUUGAAUGCCCUGUUAACUUUCGGUUUAUUCCGUCAUGGCCUCCACGUGGGAGUUCAAUUCAAUAAUGUGGUGCAGCAGCACGAACAGCGCAUUGCGCGCAACCUCCAAGACCCAUUCAAGGCGCCGGGCUGCUUAGUAGUAUAAAACUCUUUAUCUCAUCCUUUGAUGAAUUAUAUCCAUCGGUUCGCAAUACCAGAGCGGCAGCCUUCCCGAGCAUCAUUCGCAGGUAGCUACUUCCGCUUAGAAAAGUCGUAACCAGUUAGAGUACACAAAGCAAUACGGUCCAAAAUCGCUA